AUGACAUCCCAUCCGUGGACAUUCUUCCUGCUCCUUUUUAAAUGGAAAGGAUCAAUUUGGAAGGCUGUUUACAUGGAAACAAUUAUUUUCUUGAUUUGUUAUGGAAUCAUAUCUGUUAUUUACAAAACUGCAAUGGGCGAAUCCAGUCAGCGGGUUUUCGAAUCGGUGGUACGGUAUUUUGACAAACGAUUGUCGUAUAUUCCAUUGGAAUUCGUCCUUGGAUUCUUUGUGACUACUGUAGUCAAUAGGUGGACUAAACUUUAUCAAACAAUUGGCUUCAUUGAUAAUGUUGGACUAAUGGCAAACCUCUAUGUACGAGGAGCAACCGAAAAAGCCCGGAUUUAUCGUAGAAACAUUAUGAGAUACUGUGAAUUGGUUCAAGUUCUCGUUUUUCGUGAUAUGAGCAUGCGAACUCGUAGACGUUUUCCCACAAUGGAAACUAUUGUAGCCGCAGGUUUCAUGAACAAACAUGAAUUGGAACUGUACAAUAGUUAUGACACUAAAUACAAUAGCAAGCUGGGAACAAAAUAUUGGAUUCCUGCUAAUUGGGCAUUGUGUAUGACCUACAAAGCUAGAAAGGAUGGAUAUAUCGAAAGUGACUAUUUCAAAGCUCAAUUGGAAGCUGAGAUCAGGACAUGGAGAACAAAUAUCGAAUGGGUUUGCAAUUAUGAUUGGGUACCAUUACCACUCAUGUAUCCCCAACUCGUAUGCUUGGCUGUCAAUUUGUAUUUCCUGGUAUCAAUCGUCGCCAGACAACUCGUGGUCGAAAAACAUAAAAUAGUAGAUGAAGUAGAUGUAUACUUUCCUGUUAUGACCUUCCUUCAAUUCAUUUUUUACAUGGGAUGGCUUAAAGUAAUUGAUGUCAUGCUGAAUCCGUUUGGAGAAGAUGACGACGAUUUCGAAACGAAUGCAUUAAUUGAUAGAAACAUAACGAUGGGUCUGAUGAUUGCUGAUAACCCGAUGACUACGCCUGAUCUUCGGAAGGAUCCGUUUUACGAUGAAGUGGAUGUACCUCUUCUAUAUUCAGAAGAGUCUUCACACAUUCCAAAUCAUCAUUAUCAUGGUUCAGCGUCAGAAGUUGAAUUAGAACAACGAGGGAAUGCACCUGUCAUGAUGAUGCCACAUUCACAGUCGGCAGCAAAUUUGCGGCGAAUAAUGUCAUUCAAAUCGGUUGAUGAAGAAGAAAAAGGAAAUCCUUUUUCAAUGUCUCAUGACGAUUCUAGAAUGAGAAACUGGCGAGAAGUAAGCCUCGAUUCCAGUUUUUUAGCUGACCUUAAUGAAAAUAAGGAAUGGAAGAUACCGACAAAUCCACAGAAGUUUUAA